GCGAUAACGAUGCUGAAGGAUUGCGCCACUGCCGAGGGCAAUCCCUUCCAUUGAAUGCAUACACAUGCGUGCGCGCGGGUGGCCUUCCGUCGUCAUUGUGUAUACGACAGUCUACGUGCGAUAAACGCCUGCGUUCCCCCGCCGUUACAUUCUCUUCCUAUCUUCUCGAUUGGUGACAGGAGAAAUUUUGCAGUGAAGGAAGCGGACGAUGGCUGCCAUUCCCAGGAAUAGAAUGACCUCAGAGGCAUCCAUCCCCAAAGGAAGGGUCGAACUCCAUUGCCACUUGGACGGAGCCAUAAGGCACACCACGAUAUGGGAACUCCUCAAGACGAAGGAGUUACCGAUGCCGGGGAACGGAUCUCUGGAAGCCCUGACGAACGCCCUCACGAUACAUCGGCCCAAGGACCUCAAUCAUUUCCUCUCGAAGUUCUCCAUCUUCGUGCCCGCCAUCGUGACGAAGGAGUUACCGAUGCCGGGGAACGGAUCUCUGGAAGCCCUGACGAACGCCCUCACGAUACAUCGGCCCAAGGACCUCAAUCAUUUCCUCUCGAAGUUCUCCAUCUUCGUGCCCGCCAUCGUUUUGCAUGAAGCCGGGAAGUCUCCCUCUGAGAUCUUCCGGCUGCUCCAGAACAACGGCGAUAAUCGAGACGUCAUCAAACGUACUAUCGAGCAGUUCCUUGGGACAAACUCUACCGAGGAUCGUCAUCGAUCGGGUCGACCAAAAGACGACGUGGAUGCGGUCGAGAGAAUGGCAUUUGAAUUCGUGGAGGACCAGGCCAGGAACGGGGUUUGCUACUGCGAGGCUCGCUAUUGCCCUUUCCUUCUCUUGCAGAAGCACUGCAACGAUCAUCUCCUCAAGCUCGAUCCGGGUUUCGUCCCCGAACACAACGAGAUCCGGCUGGAGGGGCGGGACAAGUGCCCGACGGUUCGAGACGUUGUGAGAGCCGUGAAUCGAGGUUUCCAGCGUGGAGAGGAGGUGACCGGCGUGAAGGCACGCUCCAUCCUCGCCUGCAUCAGAGGAAUGCCUGAGUGGUCGCGUGACAUCCUGGAGCUGUGCGAAGAGUUUUCCCAUAGUGUGAUGGGAAUCGACAUCGCCGGAGACGAAGCCGGGAAAACCUUGAAGGGCGAAACCGAAGGUCUGCUUCGCAUCCCUGUCGACUUUCCCCCGUCGUAUAGCUAG